AUGCACGAUUAUCAAAAUGGAGGUUCGGUUAGCUCCACAUCAACUACUGUAGAACAAGAUACACCAAUAGAUAUCACAACCUUCAAUCACGAUGCUAUAUCAUUUGAUCCAAAGACACUGAAGUAUUGGUUCUAUGAGAAGUCUGCUGAUGCAUUCCCCGGACAGGCAUUUGGUUUACAAGUGGACCAAAUAUUGUACCACACUAAAUCACAAUACCAAGAUAUACUCAUCUUCAAGUCCAGUUCUUUUGGUAAUGUAUUGGUUCUCAAUGGUAUCAUACAGUGUACUGAAAAGGACGAAUUUGCCUACCAAGAAUUAAUAACUCAUGUACCAAUCAUGUCGCAUCCCUCGCCCAAAAAAGUAUUGGUCAUAGGAGGUGGUGACUGUGGGGUUAUUCGAGAGUUGAUUAAACAUGUUGAGGAUCAAACUGUGGAGUCAAUAACCAUGGUUGAAAUUGAUGAUAUGGUUAUCAAAUUGCUGACAAAAUAUCUUCCCCAAAUGGCUAAAUAUCAUAAUCAUCCCAAAUUAAAUUUGAUAAUUGACGAUGGGUUCAAAUUCCUUCGUGAGACAAAGUUGAAAUUCGAUGUUAUAAUUACCGAUUCCUCUGAUCCUGAAGGUCCAGCAGAAGAAUUUUUCCAAGUCAAUUAUUUCAAACUAUUGCGUAAUGCAUUGAAUCACCAUGGCAUUGUCAUUAUGCAAUCGCUGGAGAAUAUAUGGCUUAAUUUGAAAUAUCUCAAAAAUUUAAUCAAGAAAUGUAAGUACGUGUUUCCAAAUGUGAAAUUUUGUCAAUGUUAUAUGCCAAGUUACACUUCGGGACAAUUGGGAUUAUUGGUAGCCACGACAAAUGAUUCAUUCAAUUUGACAAAACCAUUGAGAGUGUUUGACAGAAAGAAAGAGAGUCAAUUGUUUAAAUAUUAUAAUCAAUUGGUUCAUCAAAGCUCAUUUAUUUUGCCCACUUGGGCUCAGGAUUACCUUGAAAUUGAUGAAGAGAGUAUAUGA